GGGGCGGUGCUGCGCACAGAGGGGAGGGGUAGGCGGGCGGCGCCGGCGGCUCCAACUGCGGCAGCUACGGCAGCGACGGGUAGGGCGGCGGAAGCCCCAGCCCCGUCAGCCGCCGGUCGAGUUAGGCCUCACCAGCGCCUCAAGCCGCCCGCUCUGUCUUCCGCGAGGGAAUCUCCGGGGACCGCGACACACACAGGGGCGCGGGUCGGCGAGAGGUAACCGGACGGGAGCCAGCGCCUCGGCCUCGGCCGCCACCACCCCUUCCCUGCUGCCAGCGCGCGCUCUCUCGCCAUUCCUCGCAGCCUCGCGGUCCCCCGCGUGCCUGUGCCCCACUGUGUGCACCGCGAGGCCGGCCUCGGGCUGGGGCCGGGCGGCGGGGGCACCAGGGCGGCCGCCUCUGCCUCUCCCGCCCCCUUACCCGCCCGGGAGUGGGAAGCAGCGGAGGCCCCGCCAUGGCCUCGGGAGCCGGAGGAGUAGGAGGGGGCGGCGGCGGCGGCGGCAAGAUCCGGGCGCGGCGUUGCCACCAGGGGCCAGUGAAGCCUUACCAGCAGGGGCGGCAGCAGCACCAGGGCAUUCUUAGCAGGGUUACAGAAUCUGUUAAGAACAUUGUGCCAGGAUGGCUACAGAGAUACUUCAACAAGAAUGAAGAUGUAUGCAGCUGCUCAACAGACACAGCAGAGGUACCGCAGUGGCCAGAAAAUAGAGAAAAUGAUCAUCUGAUAUAUGCCAAUGAGGAGAGCUCUAAUAUUCAUGAUGGGAGAAUCACUCCUGAGCCAACAGUCAGUAAUACAGAAGAACCGUCAACAACUAGUACUGCUUCAAAUUAUCCAGACGUACUUACAAGGCCUUCUCUCCAUCGGAGCCAUAUGACUUUCUCUGUGUUGGAAUCUCCUGCAUUACGCUGUCAGCCCUCCACAUCCUCGGCAUUCCCAAUUGGCAGUUCUGGAUUUUCCCUUGUAAAGGAAAUUAAAGAUUCUACCUCUCAGCAUGAUGAUGAUAACAUCUCAACUACCAGUGGUUUCUCUUCAAGAGCUUCUGAUAAAGAUAUAGCUGUUUCAAAGAACACUUCAGUGCCACCCCUGUGGUACCCAGAGGCUGAACGUUCUCAUUCACUCUCACAGCACACUGCCACCAGCUUAAAAAAACCAGCAUUCAGCUUAUCUGCCUUUGGAACACCUUCCCCUUCACUUGGGAACCCUUCAAUCCUUAAAACAAGUCAGCUUGGAGAUUCUCCUUUUUAUCCUGGAAAAACAGCAUACGGUGGGGCAGCAGCUGCCGUAAGACAGUCUCAACCACGAAACACGCCGUAUCAGGCACCAGUUAGAAGACAGAUGAAAGCUAAGCAACUCAGUGCACAAUCCUAUGGUGUGACUAGUUCAACAGCUCGGCGAAUAUUGCAGUCUUUAGAAAAGAUGUCAAGCCCUCUAGAGGAUGCAAAAAGAAUCCCAUCUAUUGUUUCUUCUCCCCUGAUUUCUCCUUUUGAUAGUAGUGGGCUAGGUAUCACCAUGGAUUUUCAAGCCAAAAGGGAAAAGGUGGACUCUCAGUAUCCCCCUGUUCAGAGACUCAUGACCCCAAAGCCAGUUUCCAUAGCAACAAAUCGGACUGUUUAUUUUAAACCAUCUCUAACUCCAUCUGGUGAAUUAAGGAAGACUAAUCAGAGAAUAGAUAAAAAGCACAGUGCUGGAUAUGAAAAAAAUAUGACACCAGUACGAAAUAUAGAACAAGAAAGUGGCUUUUCUUACCCAAAUUUCAGUAUGUCUGCAGCCAAUGGUUUAUCUUCUGGAGUAGGUAGUGGAGGCGGCAAGAUGAGACGAGAGAGAACACGCUUUGUUGCAUCUAAACCUCCACAAGAGGAGGAAAUGGAAGUACCGGUAUUACCGAAAAUCUCUCUACCCAUCACCAGUGCUUCACUGCCUACCUUCAGUUUUAGUUCCUCUGUGGUUACAACUUCCUCUCCAUCACCCAUUAGUCCUUUGCCAUCAACAACAACAAACAAGGUACAAACAGCCUCUCCAAACAGUAUUGGCAGUCCCAUGUUUAGAUUUUCAUCUCCAAUUGUAAAAUCUACUGAGGCAGAUGUACUACCUCCAUCAUCUAUUGGAUUUACAUUCAGUGUGCCUGUUGCAAAAACAACAGAACUUCCUGACUCUAGUAGUAUUUCAGAGCCAAUUACAAGUAGUUCCGCUCAGGAUAACACCGUGGUGAACAGUACAAGCUAUAGGAAGAUACCAGAUGAAGAUGGUGGAAGCCUUUGUAGACCUGCAGAAAUCCUGAAAGAAGGAAGUGUCCUAGAUGUUCUGAAAAACCCUGGCUUCGCAUCACCAAAGGCUGAGUCUCUUGCUGCUCAGCCUGCCGCCACAAGCCCAGUGGUUUAUACAAGACCAGCAAUAAGUAGCUUUUCUUCCAGUGGAACCGGGUUUGGGGAAAGUUUCAAAGCUGAAUCAUGGCAGUGUGAUACCUGUCUACUCCAGAACAAAGUUACAGACAGCAAGUGCGCAGCCUGCCAGGCAACAAAACUGUCUCCAAAAGAUACCAUUAAACAGACUGGAAUUGGGACACCAAGUAAAAGUGGCAAAUCAGCUCCUUCUGCAUCAGGGACAGGCUUUGGAGACAAAUUUAAACCAGCAGUAGGAACUUGGGACUGUGAUACCUGUUUAGUGCAAAACAAAUCUGAAGCAGUAAAGUGUGUGGCUUGUGAAACACCAAAGCCUGGAACUGGUGUUCAGCGCGUUCUUACAUUGACAGUGGCUUCAGAAAGUGCUGUGACCGUGGCUGCUUCCACCUCCAGCUGCACAGUGACCACUGGUACCUUAGGAUUUGCAGAUAAAUUCAAACAGCCUGUCGGAUCUUGGGAGUGUCCAGUAUGCUGUGUUUUUAAUAAUGCAGAUGACAAUAAAUGUGUGUCCUGUAUGUCUGAGAAACCAGGAAGUCCAGUUCCUGCUUCAGUCAGCAGCACGGUCCCUGUCUCUCUGUCUCCCGGAGGCUGCCUGGGACUAGAAAAGGCCAAGGAGCCCGAGGGGAGCUGCGAGGUGGGCCUAGUGCAGAAUAAAGUGGAUUCUACCAAAUGUGUAGCAAUUGAAGCUGCAAAGCCAGGCACAGGACCUGAGUUUAAAGGCUUUGGCACAUCUUCCUCAUCUUCGAAUGCAGCAGCCUCACCGUUCAAAUUUGGUAUCCCAUCCUCCUCCUCCGGGCCUUCUCAGACUUUAACAAACACUGGAAAUUUUAAAUUUGGAGACCAGGGAGGCUUCAAAAUAGGUGUGUCAUCAAAUUCUGGGUCCAUAAACCCCAUGAGUGAAGGCUUUAAAUUUUCUAAACCAAUAGGAGAUUUUAAAUUUGGAGUUUCAUCUGAUUCUAAUCCUGAGGAAGUUAACAAAAAAGACAGUAAGAAUGAUAAUAAUUUUAAGUUUGGACUUUCUUCUGGUUUAAGCAAUCCACCUUCUUUAACUCCAUUUCAGUUUGGGGUGUCUAAUCUUGGGCAGCAAGAAAAGAAAGAAGAACUGCCUAAAUCUUCAUCCACAGGCGUUAGCUUUGGUACAGGGGUUCUUAACCCUGCCCCUAACAUCACAGUGACCUCUGAGGACAAGAGCAGCUUCAGCUUUGGGACCAUCGAAACAAAGAGUGUCUCAGUGGCUCCCUUUCCAUGUAAGACGGCAGAAGCAAAGAAAGAAGAAAUGCCUGCUGCCAAAGGAGGGUUCAGUUUUGGCAAUAUGGAACCUGCCCCUCUGCCAUCCACCUCAUUGUUUGUUUUGGGAAGGACAGAAGAGAAACAGCAAGAGCCUGCCGCUUCUGUGGCUCUGGUGUUUGGGAAGCAAGCCGACAACGAAGAGCCGAAGUGUCCGCCAGUGUUUCCCUUUGGGAAUUCAGAGCAACCCAGAGAUGGGAGUUCUCCAAAAUCGACCUUUAGUUUCAGCAUGGCAAAACCAGCAGAAAAGGAAUGCGACCAGCCAGCAAAGGCCACUUUUGCUUUUGGAGCUCAAACCAGUACUACAGUUGAUCAAGGUGCAACAAAAUCCGUUUUUAGUUUCUUGAACAACCGUUCCUCUAAUCCAAAUACACCAACCACUUCAGCAGGUGGUGGCCUAUUUGGCGGCUCCACCUCAUCCUCCAGUGCCCCUGUGGCUGCCUUUGUGUUUGGCCAGGCCGGCAGUCUUGGGAGCAGCUCUGCCUUCGGCAGCCCUGCUGAAGCCAGUGCAUCUCAGCCUUUGCUCUUUUCUCAGGAGAGCAAACCAGUGGUCACGAGCAGCACCGGGGCAGCCGUCAGCCCCUUCGUCUUUGGCCCGGGGGCCGGUGGGAGUGCUGCUGCGGCCGCUGGUUUCAACUUCGGAGGCACAGCCACGACCAGCACGGCAGGAUCCUCCUUUGUAUUUGGCACUGGAACUUCAGUGCUGUCCUCCAGUCCAGCGUUUGGUGCUAACCAGACCCCAACGUUUGGACAGAGUCAAGGUGCCAGCCAGCCCAACCCCUCAGGCUUUGGAUCCAUACCAUCUUCAGCAGCACUAUUUUCUGCUGGUUCUCAGCCUGUUCCAACUGCUUUUGGGACAGUGUCAGGCAGUAGCCAGCCUCCUGUGUUUGGACAGCAGCCCAGCCAGCCUGGGUUCGGCUCUUCAGCAGCCCCGAACUCUGGUUCAGUUUUCCAGUUUGGCAGCAGUGCUGCAAAUUUCAGCUUCACGAACAACAGUCCCUCAGGAGUGUUCACAUUCGGUGCAGACCCUGGCACUGCUGCCGCCUCAGCCCGGCCUUCUGGCUCAGGGGGCUUUCCAUUCAGCCAGGCGCCUGCAGCCUUUAUGGCAGGGUCAAAUGGGAAAAAUAUGUUCUCUGCUUCUUCUGGAACUUCAGUUUCUGGUCGCAAAAUAAAGACCGCUGUUAGACGCAGGAAAUAAAGGUCACAGCGAUGUCACACACAGCAGGGUCUCCCACAGCAGGUGCCCUGGUUCAGAUGUGCUGGGGUCACCUGCAGUCAGCUCGGCCUAAGAAUGUCUUUUGUGUGGGAUUUUCCUUUUUCUUCCCCUACAGAGGCCCUACCCUCAUCUUUCCCUUUCACUUUUUAAAAAAUAAUAGCUAGACUUGUGACUGGUUCUUCAGCAACAAUAUUUUAUGAUCCAGCAAAUUAUUCACUGAUUUGACAUUGGCUGGCUGACCCCAGGAAUAGAGCCUCCUCGGCAAGUGACUUGUAUAGAACCUCUUGCACCACUGUGUGCAUUGAAUAUGCGUUUAUGGGACGCGUUGAAAUUGUAAUUAUAUCUGAGGAGUUCUGUAUAGAUUAGAGGAUGUUAAAAUGAACGAUUUCGAUGCUGGGUCCAUGCUGGUGUGUGCGUGCAAUGAGCUGGCCGUGCUGUGCUCUGAGAUGCUCUGCUAGAGGAGGCUUGAUGAAAGGGUGGUCAUGCCAUGGACAUGGUAGACCUAGUUUUCCAUGUAAUGAUUAAAUGCUAUUUCUGUAUUUUCACUCUGUCACCUGUCUUGCCUUUUCAUUAUUUUAUUGUGAGACUUGUGUAAAUACAAUUUUGUUUCUAUACUUUUUUGGCAUAACAUAAAUCUGUGAACUUGAAAUUUUAAUUUUGUGUUAGAGAUUUUUGUUGUUGUUUAGUCUUGUCUCAGAUUUUAUUAUGUAAAUCCCAUUAUUCAAAGUUGCCUAAAUCCAUUUGGAAAUCUUUAAAAAAAGAAAUUGGGGAUUCUUAAAGUGAAUUUAUUGGCUUUUCUGAUCCAGUUUUGUUUGGACCAAAAACCAGUAUUGUACAAAGUAUUAAACAUAUAUUUUUAUAUUUACUGAAAUGGACUGUGGUGACUUUGGAUAAUAAGGAAAUGUUUAAUAUUAAAGCCAUGUUUAUUACAGUAUAAUUAACAUGUUAAAACAUGGGAUAAAUGCCAUCAAUAAAAAAUUGUGAAAUACUUUUUGUUCUAGUGUUAACUCAUAAUGAAGGUACGAGUGUUAGUGGAAGAGAACCUUUUUGUAAAGGUUAAUUAACAAUUGUCAGAGAAAUUCCAAAGAGUACAUUUAAGUGAUUUGGACAACUCCUAAGUGAAGGGCAAGGUGUCUGGAUUUGUUUGAAUAUAGAAGGUACUUCUUGUCUGGGGCUAGGAAUCACGCCUACUUUGAAUAUAAACUGACCUUCCUUUUUAAAGUUGAAAAUAAACACACACAACUGUUUGUAUCUUCCUUGAUAGGUGUCUAGCCCAUUUCUUGAUCAGGUUCUUAGUUCAUGCCCAAAGCAGCCCACAGUGUUCUGUGUAGUUUCUCUUGGAUUAUUUUACUGAAUUUUUUUAACUAUAUUUCUUUUCUGUAGUCCAUAAAAGCUCUGAGACAGCAUUUGCUAAUUUUAUUCUUCAUUUUGAAACCACAGUUAACUUUGGGCUUGUGUUUUGCUGAACUUAUGGUUGGAGUCUAAAUUCAGAACUUGAAAAUGUUUAAGAGCUUUUUGUUUUUCCAGUGAAAAAGUAUUUGUCUUACUGAAUUAUCACAGGCUAUCAAAGUGCUGGUUUGGGGGUAGAAAUUUUGUAUUUGGAGCAGAUGAUGAUGAAUGCUGAAAGAGGUAAACUGGAAUUCUGUGGUUUUAAUGCCAAGAAGUUGGGUGCCCAGCUAAGCAGCAGGUUUGUUUUUUCACCCAUUUGCUAGGCACCUGUGAAUAGAAAUAUUCGGCUUUCUACUCUAGGAAAGAUUUUUUGUAAGAAAUGUGCCAAAAAUAAUGUUUCCUUGUAUUUUAUAUGUUGUUUUUAAACAAGUGACUGAAAACUGUACUUAGGAUGGCUUGUCUUAAUCAAAUCUUGUGGCCUCUUGAACUGGAUACUUGGGACGUGUGUUUUCCGUCUUUACUGCCGUGACGCCCGGGCCCCACGCAGCAGCCCUGGACUGCAUUCAUAGUGGCAGCCCCGCCCCACAACCGGCCCUGUGGGCUGAGGGGACUCAUCAGGUUGGCUCAGGUUACAGGAGGGCCUCUGACUCCCCGGUACUAGCCUAGGGCAGGCGUUUCACGGGCACUUCCUGAAUCGAGUGAACGUGGAGGGAUUGCUCACGGCAAGUGCCUCUUCAGCAGACGCCUGGUGCACCGGGUCCAGGCGGGCCACUUCCAAGUGCUGGGUGGUUUUGAGUGAUUAAUGAUCUCAGGCAUAAAGUAUGACUCAGACAAUUGAAAAAAUGUCUUUAAGCCUAGCUGCUUGUUGCAAAUUCUCUCCUGAAAUUGUUCACGUAAUAAGGACAAAUUGAAAUAAAAGCAUUGGACUAAUUUUAA